AUGCCGAACGCGGAGAUGAAGAGCAACAUAUGGCCACUUCGGACCGGUAGCCGUCGUGAAGGCAUGCCGCGAGGUUCGAUACCUAAUCGGGAAAGACCGGCUACUUCGGUGUGGCUUGGAGCGAAGCGCGCGCUUGGCCGAGCGGCGUCAAGUGGCCCUAUUGUUCGCCGAAUGCGGAAGAUGUCUCGGGAUCUACGCGCGAGGCAUCGGGACGACCGUGCCGAGCUUCGAGAGGAGACGCGGGCGAGGACAUUAUCGGCGGCGGGGGGGACGGAGGACGGCCCGGGGGCGGAGGCGGUGGUUGUGGUUGUCCGCCGGUCGGACUUCGUGGGGAGCAAGUGCGCGAGCGGCCUCUCGGCGGAGACGGCGGUGAAGGCGCCGGAGGAAGUUCGGUGGUGGGGUUACGUACGUCAGGGACUGCUGACGUGGAGGCGAGCGCCGUCGGCGAGGUGGGCCGAGCAGGAUCCGUGGGCUCGGGCUCCGGGACUCCUUCUUCACUCGCACUCUCCUCAGACUCUGGCUCUGACGCAGGGUCUGCAGGGAGAUCGGGAUCUCCUCCUCUUUGACUUGUACUGGCGACAGUUUGGGGAAGGCGAGAGCUGGGGGAAACAGCGCGGGAGUGCCGGGACGCAGAUCGAGAGGCGCGAAGAUGAGAGUGGUGGGACCGUCAGUGAUGUAGACGUCGAUGAGGUCCUUGGAGUCGAAGGUGUGAACAAGGCCUUGACACGCAGCCACGAUGGGGGAAGGAAGGGAAGUAAGGGUGCGCACCACCCAACCUAUAGGAAGGGAAUCAUGCUGAUGCGGCCCUGGGGGCCGGUAGUGAUGCGUCCAUAUCGGCUCACCUUCUGCUUCAUUCUGAACCAUCUGCAGAGUUCGCAAUUACAUCUGCGACUAGCCAUUCUCUGUAUGUUCUCGCGCGACAAUAUGGUCAAUGGGACCCUGGGAGACCGUGCUUGUAUCACGGUGCAAAGCACUUUGACCGACGUGCAGCUUGUCAGCGGUUAA